AUGUCCUACAGUAUGGCCAUUAAAGGUGGCCCCGGGAAUCCUAAAAGUAGCUCUGUAAAAACCAAGUGGAACUCAGACACUUCCACCCUGUCUGUCCAGAAGGCAGGAGAUGAUACCAUCAGCCACAGAACCCGGCCAUUAGCAGUCUACGUUGACCGCCUGGAGCAGGAGUUACAGGAGCUACAGCGCAGAGGCGCAGAGCUCCGGCAGAUCCUCGAAACAGAGGACAACAUUCACUUUCUGCAGAAUUUUCCGACUCUGUGCAUUCCUCCUGAGGCCAUGGUGCCCAAAGUGCUCAUCAACCCUCAGUUCUCCUUUGGAGAGAUGAGCAAGACGGCCACGGAGAUGAAGGAACAUCUGGACGACAUCUGUAAGAAGGAAUUGAGCAAAAUCUCCAAAACAGUUAGUGAAACCCCAGUGUACAUACUUUUGCCAAGAAAUGGAGACAAACGACUCAAAGUUCCUUCCAGAGUUGAUUUUCAGGAGCCAAAAACCAGGAUGGACUUCUUAAGAUACACCUGCAAGAUGUCCUUUGAUCCAAACACGGUCUAUAAAGAGCUGGUCCUGUCCGAGGGCAACCAGAAGGUCAUGCGGAAGAAAACAGUCCAGUUUCACCCAGAUCAUCCAGAACGCUUUGAUGGUUACUCGCAGGUGUUGUGCAAGGAGCCUUUUACUGGUUUCAGGUUUUACUGGGAGGCAGAGUGGAGUGGCGAGUUUUCCAUCGGGGUGGCCUACAAGAGCAUCAGUCGCAAAGGGAAGAACUCGCACAGCCUGCUGGGCUACAACGACAAGUCCUGGAGUCUCCUCUGCUCCGAUUCAGGCUACUCUGCCUGGCACAACAAAGUAGACAGAAACCUUCCUGAAGCUCCCAGAGCCACACGGAUUGGUGUGUACCUGGAUUAUGCCGGAAACACUGUGGCCUUUUACUCGGUAUCAGAGACCAUGGCACUGAUCCACAGAUUCAAAGCUCAGUUCAGUGAGCCUUUGUAUGCUGGUUUUGGUGUGGGCUCUUCUGUAACCCUCUGCCAGCUAAAGAAAAAUGCAAAGCCUCACUAAAGUAAAGAAAUAAAUGAGGGAAGUUAAAUUCAAUCGUGAAGGGUAUUAACUCUGCAGCACUAUCACAUAUUGACUGAACUUUACAAUGCAAAGACAUGGUUGUUGUUUUUAACCCCUCUCUUAAACAAAUGUAAUGUUGUUUUGACCACACUCAGCAUGUUCCUGUAACAUUUGAUAAUAAUGUUUCAACUUAAUUCAUUCAACUUCCUGUUAUAUAUGUUAUAUAUCGAUUUAAUGCAGUGACCAAGUGUAUUAAAGGCCUAUCUUACGCUUUAAUCAUUAUGCAUUGGCUAAAACAAUCUUCGGAUACAUGACAACAAUAUACUUGUGUUGUGUUUAUAUUUGUGAUUGUAUGAACAGUAAAAAAAAUAAUCUCUAUGCUUUUGUUUUAAGUUUUAGUGUCUUACAGAGAUCUACAUUCAUAAUAAAGAGUGGGAAGCGAUAACAUCAAACUUCAAAAACACAUUGCAAGACAA